AUGGGCACUAUCAGUCUUUGGUCAGAGCGACACGAGGAGGCAGUGCCCAUCUUUGGCCUCGAAUGGAUUAAGAAUGAGAUAUGUGAUAUGUACCAACAUUUGAGAAAUAGUGGAUAUUAUUUGGAAGUUCUUGGCUCCCCAUUCACCUGCUUUGAUGCAUCACAAUAUGGGACUAUUUUACUAGUUGAUGCAGAAGAAGAAUAUUUCCCUGAGGAAGUAGCCAAAUUGAAGAGAGAUGUUGACAAUGGCCUUUCAUUGAUUGUUUUUGCUGAUUGGUAUAAUGUAACCGUGAUGAAGAAAGUCAAGUUUUACGAUGAAAAUACCAGACAAUGGUGGAUGCCUGACACAGGAGGAGCGAAUGUUCCUGCAUUAAAUGACUUAUUGUCGUCAUGGGGCAUAGCUCUUGGAGACCGUGUAUUUGAAGGUGAUUUCACGCUAGGGGAUCAUGAUAUGUAUUUUGCCUCUGGUACUAGCAUAUCACGUUUCCCAGAAGGUGGCUUGAUCAUUUCUCAAACUCUUAAAGAUCAGGAUUGCUUUUGGAUGCUAGAUGCAUUGCUCGAAUAUACUUCUUCUGGUCACCUUCCCUCAAUUUUUAAAUAUCAUCAGUCCGAAUUUAGUCAAAAAAUUAUCGAUUUGCCUCAGAGGAUGGAAGGAAAUCAUCUUUACAGAUAUUCAAAGGUACUGGAGAAUCAUAUGGGUAGUCUCCAAACUAGGCCAUUACCUCAGUGCCCUCAUCUUGUGUGGACACAUCCUAUUCCUCUUAACAAGUCUGCACCAACGUACUCCCAGAAACUUCUCUCGUUCGCAAUUGAUGGCCAGUUUCCUGUUUGGAAGAUAGGUCCCCCACCCAAAGGGGGCUCUGGAAAUCCCAACGAUGGAUUGCCAGGAGACCUUUGGGGUUGGCGCACAGAAGGAUCAAAUCCCGGCUACUAUGAUGAAGACAGUUUGAGCCUAGGCCCCGCUUUGAUCUUGACAGUUCUUUCAUUUCUUGUGGUAUGUUUAGCAUAUCGUUGUUAUCAUCAGAGGACUCGACCACGAAGAAAACGUCCACCUCGGCUUCGAAGAUUGAUGGCAGCAUUGAAUGCUGGCCGGGUCCCUGCAGUGUGA